AGCAAGGCGUAUAUAUACGCCCGCGGCAGUUAAGGGGUUAAAUUAAGGAUAGUGCUCAGAAACUAAUAAAUACAUUUAUAAUUUUUACUCAAUAAACUCUGCAUUCAUAAUUUGUUUGAAGUAAAAAUUGUGAAUGUGAUUAAAACUGUACUUUCUGAAUGUUAAAAUUUUUAUUUAAAUAAGUCAUUUUUGAAAUCUUCUCUUUUAUUUAUUGAAAUUAUCUGUCGAUUGCAAAAAGUAAAUUUUACUUCAGGCCUUUUUUUAUUAUUUGCAUACUAAAUUAAUGAAGUUUGGUGUGCAAAUGUGUAUAUUUUAUGCAAUUAAGUAUUGUAUAUAUUUUUCAGGCCAUUAUGCAUUAACUUCAAGCAUCAUUACAAGUAAUGAAAAAUUGCAAAAUAGUUCGCAGAAUGAUAACUUUUUACCAGUGAUGUCUGGAAAUAUUCUUUUUCCAAGAAAGCAAAGAUUAUUACAUUGUAAUCAUUGCCAUAAGGUAUUUGCAUCACAAUCAAAACUGAAAGUUCAUUUUCUUGUGCACACUGGUGAAAAGCCUUUUGCUUGUGAAAUCUGUGGGAAAACAUUUAGCCAAAAAGGAAAUUUAGCUCAGCAUUAUACCCUUCAUACUGGACAGAAGUAUUUUAAAUGUGAAUUGUGUGAACGGCAGUUCAAUCGCAAAGAUAGAUUACGGAUGCAUAGUUGUCUCGGACAGAGUAAUACUAUGCUUAUUUGUAUUUCAGGCUUUUAUGCUUUAACCUCUGCUAUAAACAUAAAUGACUUUCCUUCUUUAAAUUGGUCUGAAGAUGAACAAAUGAAUAGCUGUCUUCUAGAGAGCAAUCAGAAAACACUUCCCUGGAAAAGUCGAAGAAUGUUCCCAUGCAGUCAUUGCUCAGCAGUAUUUUCAUCAAAUUCAAGUCUUAAUCUUCAUGUCCUUGUCCAUACUGGAGAGAAACCUUUCAUAUGUGAUAUUUGUGGAAAGGAAUUUAGACAGAAAGGACAUUUAAAAGUUCACUAUACUCUUCAUACUGGGCAAAAGAAUUUUAAAUGUAGCACAUGUGGACGCCAAUUUAAUCGCAGGGAUCGACUGAUGGUGCAUACCUGCUCUCAUAAAGGAAAACAUAAUAUAUGGUGUUUAUAGCGACACAGAUAAAUUGAUACCUAAUUUUCAUUAUCAGACAAGAAAUGAAAAUUAUGAUGCAGGAUUAGGCAACAGGAAAGAGCCUCCAGAAAAGAAAUAUCAAUGUGGAAUUUGUUCCUAUAUGUUCAGAAGC